CUUUAUCCCAUCUACUUUGAUGCCUCCAGGUCCGCGAAGCAUGGCAGAAAGCUGAGUAAAGAGCUGUGCGUACAAAAUCCACUUGCCAAGGCAAUUGCAGAUUCGUGCAAAGUCAUUGGCUUCAGCUGCGUGCUGGAAUUGCACAAAUGUCAUCCAGCGGAUUGGGCAAAUCCUGGACGCGUGAGAGUGCUCCUGAAGGAAAAUGGCAAACCGCAGCAUCCAUUCAUCAAGACAAAACAAGCUCUGUACCUCGCAGUUGCCAAGUACUUGAGAGAUCACCCGACAAAACCUGAAGAUGUCCUCAAAGUGCCUGUCGAUGGCAUCCCGAGUGACAAGGUGCCUGCAAAGGCUGCUAUUCCGAAGGGAAUGGAAAUUAAUGCUAUCUUGCCCCUACAUUCACCAGCCUUGUCUGGCGGCGGCAUCAACAGCGACAUGUUCAAGGGGAUGCUUGGCGGUGGGCUUGACAAAAUGAUGGGUUCGCUGGACGCUGCUGCACCUGCACCACAAGAACCAAAAGCUACUGCUCCUCCAAAGAAGCCAAAGAUGAAG